AUGGAGCAGCAAACAAAACGACAUGCAUCCCCAUCCGAAGCAAAACGCCUGGUUGAGGACAUCCUCAAGGGCAACAACGUGCCCGCUGCCAACGCCGCCAUCAUUGCAAAAUGCCUAAUUGCAGCUGAUCUCCGUGGCGUUGACACCCAUGGAAUGAACCGAAUCCCCUCCUACAUGGAACGUAUUCGACAAGGCAUCCUCGACCCGGCCGCCCAACCAACCGUCAACCAAGUCACACCGGCAGUAGCUCAAGUCGACGGCCAAAAUGGCUUCGGCUUCGUGUCCACGCAUCUAGCCAUGAACGCGGCCAUCGAGUCAGCCAAGACUCUCGGCAUCGGAAUGGCAAGCGUCAAGCACUCAAACCACUUCGGCAUGUCAGCGUGGGUCGUACAACAAGCCCUCAACGCAAACAUGAUGAGCCUCGUCUUCACCAACUCGAGUCCUGCGCUCCCGCCCUUCGGGGGUAAAAGCAAAUUAAUGGGCGUUUCACCAAUUGCGUGCGGAGCACCGGGUCAGCCCGACUUUAUCCUCGACAUGGCUCCCUCUGUGGCGGCCCGCGGCAAGAUCUACAAGGCGAAGCGGCGGGGGGAAAAGAUUCCACUGGACUGGGCUCUCGAUGCGGAGGGUAGACCGACGGAUGAUCCUGAAGCAGCUCUAGGUGGUGUCAUGUUACCGAUGGGAGGACCAAAGGGCUCAGCCUUGUCUAUCAUGAUGGAUGUGUUCUCGGGAGUCUUGUCGGGCUCGGCGUUUGCAGGGCAUGUUACUGGGCCGUAUGAUCCUUCUAAGCCUGCGGAUGUGGGUCACUUCUUGGUUGUUAUGAAACCUGAUUUGUUUAUGAGCCUCGAUGAGUUUAGGGAUAGGAUGAAGUAUCUGUAUGAGAGGGUGGUGGGCGCAGAGAAGGCGGCGGGCGUGGACAGGAUUUACUUCCCGGGUGAGAUUGAGCAGCUUACCCAGAAGGAGAGGGAGACGUCGGGCAUACCGCUAGUGCAGGCGGAGAUUGAUGCUUUGAAUGCGGAGGCGGUGAAAGUGUCUGCGAAGCCUCUUGUACUUUUGGAUUGA